GUAAGACAGGAGUGUACCUGUGAUCUGCAAAGGCGAAGAUAUAUUGAUAAAUUAUGCUCCAAUGAACGUCGAUACGUUAUAAGCUCUGAUAACUCACAGCAUAUUAUGUUUAUUGGUGAUAAAGGCUACUGUGUUGAUUCUACAAUCAAAGGGCAUUUGAAAUAUGAAGAUCAGUGGAAGUCAAGAAAGAACAGCUUGUACACUUCUGUAUGUAUUACUAACGAACAUAACACCUCACAAACUUGCCUUUUUUGCUUCAAGAAGCUCCAGCAUCCUUUGCGCGUUACAGGAAACGUCAAGCUGAAAAUUGUGAGCGGCACAUUUCAAUGUAUCAAUCUGGAGUGCACUUCUGUUCUCGCAGAUAUGGCCACCCAUGCUCGUGACAGUUUAAGUGCUAUGGCCAUAGACUUAUCUGGCCUCGCAACACUUCUUUUCGGGGCUACAUUCCUUCAGUUUGAUCCAAAACUACAGAAUUUGAACAUCCCGCCGCUACUCUCUGAAAAAGAAACGUAG